AUGAUCGCUCAAUCCUUCAAACUCGGUCCGAGCCAAGUAACAGCCACCAACAUCAGUGGUGUCCGACUCACUCUCUCCAAGACCUCCGACCAACAUUCGGACGUCAGCGACAUCUGGGUCAAAUACGGAGGCGAAAUCUCCAUGGGCGAAGCUCGGACACAACACUUUGUCUCUCAAUACCUCCACAACACGAAAUGCACAACCGUGCGUGCUCCUCGCGUUUAUAUCGCCUUUACGUGGAAGCGCUUUGGGUUCAUCGUUUCGGAGUUAAUAUAUGGAAAGCAAUGUGAGAGCUCGGAUGAUGUACUCAUCAGCGAUGCUGUAAAAACCCUCAUUAGCAUCCCGAGCCCCGAUUCGAGAAAGCCUGGGCCUGUAGGGGGAGGUCUGAUCGGGCACCCGUUUUUCUGUCAUCGGUUGGCUGAUAUUGAAUAUGAGUCCGUCGAGGACUUGGAGGAUCAUGUGAAUGGGAUCCUCACCGUAACAGAACGUAAACCCCGCGUCAACUUCCGUGACGAAGUCGCCACACACGGACUACGUCUCUGCCCCUCAGACCUGAAAUACGUCAACUUCCUCAAAGAUACAGAUGGGGGCAUCGUAGCGGUGGAUUUUGCAGGCUACUCUUUCCUUCCGCCUUCCUUUUUCGUGUUUGCUUUGACGCAGGGAAGUCUGGCGUACCGCAUUUCCGUGAUUCUUGAUUAUCUAAUGUCGUCGACGAAUGCAAAGGGAGUGGCGAGCGCUUCGUAUGCGUUGGUUCCGUUUCAUAGUAAUAAAAUUGGUGAGCUGAUCUCCUUCUUUUCUAAGGACAAGGAGCUCACCGUACUUACUGGACAGGCCUUCCGAAACGACUGCGGUCCAAACUUCUUUUCUAGACGCACGCGCCGCACAAGCCGUGUAGAUCUGGAACCGUGA